AUGGCCCACGGCAGCGGCGCAAAGUCCAGUAUCCGCAACAGCAACGGCACAAAGUCCAUUAUCUGCAACAGCUACGGCACAAAGCGCAGUAUCCGCAACAGCAACGGCACAAAGUCCAGUAUCUGCAACAGCAGCGGCACAAACUCUGUUAUCUGCAACAGCAACGGCACAAAGUCCCUUGCAUGCAACAGCAACGGCACAAAGUCCAUUGUCUGCACCAGCAACGGCACAAAACCCAUGGUUGCUACUACGACCGCCAAGAUAGCACUGCGUUCUUACCACGCGCCCAUCACGUUCUCACCGCGUUUCGGUCAUAAUGGCCGAAUCGCAGCCUUCUUUCUGCUGACAGCCAAGGCCGCAACCAGCAAGACCUGGGCUAUCUUCUAUUUCUUCUCCGCCUUCUCCUUCUCACAAGCAAUAGUGCGACCUGUCCAUCGAAAAGAGCCUGCUGUCCAGUCAAUACAGCAACAUGCUGGAGAAGUUCUUGGUUGUCCAUUCUAUAUUGAAAUCCAGUCCCAAAGCACCUACCUCGCCCUGCACAGAGAUUCGCUGACCCCCGGGGAAACUUUCUCCGUGUACUUCCGGCAGCUGGAACCCUACUACAGCACUCUGGAGGCUAGCCUCGUGUUCAGCAUUGCAAAAGACGAGCAGAACGGCGUGAAGGCACGAAAUGUGACAUACUCGUCUGCAAGCUCUAGCCUCUCUAUAUCAAAGAUGGAAGCCGAAUUACAGAUUAAAGUGCCAAAUGAAGAAGAUUUGCAUAAACUCACCGGCUCAACUCAACUGUACUACUGGCUUAACAGACACCUGCUGGUACUGAAAGGGACCGGCAACAAACAAUUCGAAAAAGUAGCAUCUGUAGAUUUGCAACGUAGAUAUGCAGAUCCUAAUCCAGACUACCACAUCUUUAUUCAAACUGAUAAGCAGCUGUACAAAGCUGGCCAAACCGUGCAAUACCGAGUGUUUGUAUUGGAUAAUGAGAUGAAGCCGAGGAAAGUCCCAUUGAAUAUCACCAUUAAGGACCCGUCAGGAAACCGUAUUAAGGAAACCAACGAGCCCGGAAGUGCGUUUGGUGUUUCUGGUUCGCUGAUACUGUCGACACAGUCUAUGUUCGGGAAAGAGUGGACCAUACAUGCUAAACGAGGGGAUACGAAUGACUCAUACACGGAACACGUUCAGUUCAUAGUGGACGAAUAUGUCCUUCCAACUUUUGAAGUGGAACUCAACAUUCCUCCGUUUGGGACAGUUGAAAAUCCAGAGCUGAAAGGAUCCGUCAUGGCCAAGUACACAUAUGGCAAACCGGUUGCCGGUCACGUUAUCCUUCAAGUACAGAAACAGUGGCCGAAUUGGGGCCACGAGUUCUAUGAACCCCUUGCGAUACGAACGGAGUUUAAGAUCGACGGAAAAGCCGACUUCAGCCUCCCGAUGGAAACUCUUCUCAAGUUUGACCCUGACCUUCGUGAGCACUCCCUGUCGGUGCAAGCAAAUGUGACAGAGUACGAAACUGGCGAGGUCCGAAUCCUGCAAAAAGAAAUUUCCUUUCAUAGUAGCGCCAUAGAGCUCGAGUUUCUAACAUAUAGCACCGACGUUUAUAGACCAGGAUUCCCGUUCAGCACUUAUGUGAUUAUCCGCCAACCGGACGGUCGACCUUUGGUGAGCAAUGGUGAACGGGUCAAGGUCAGUGCGACGUUCUUCACAUUCAACGACAGCACCCCACAGCGGAUGUUUCGUCCCCCGAACAGCCCAUCGGCUAACCUCAUGACCUUUGUAUCCCCGUUCCGUGACGGUCGGGUAAUUCUCGCGCCCGACACGUACAUUGCAGUGCCGAGCAAUGGCGUCAUGAAGAUAGAUUUUGAGAUACCAGAAAACGCACUGUCGGGUCAUAUCGAGGUUUCUUUUAAGGACAAGAAAAUCACCAAAAAUAUCGAAUCGUUCCGUACAAAGAGUAGAGCAUAUAUUAAUCUGGAAAUGAAAUCGAGAUUUGCUAAGGUUGGCGAGCAAACGGAGUUUUCCCUGUCUAGUAACGUGGUGCCACAGCAAAAGAUCGUCUAUCAUAUUAUCAAAGCUGGGCGGCUGUUGGGGACUCACUACAUGGGAAUGUAUUCCACACAAACGUCUUUCUCGGUGAAGAUGACGUCAGUUAUGGCCCCCGAGGUGUACAUUCUGGCAUACUAUUACAAGAAAGAAACACACGAGUUCAUAGCCGAUGGUAUCGAGGUUAAUGUGGAAAUGUCUUUGAAAAAUGAAGUAGUACUUGGAUUUGACCGGAAUCAGGUUGCACCACAAACCAAUCUCACGUUGAACAUAAGAGCCGAUCCUGAUUCCCGUGUUUUUAUUUGCGCCGUGGAUAAAAGUGUGUUGCUUCAGUCGGGAGCCAACGCAAAUGACGUCACGCAAAAACGGGUAUUUCAGAAAUACGGUUUACCAGAAAAGUCAACGGUUUUACAUGGAGGACAGAAUUUGCAUAGGUACAGAAAACUCUCAGGCAGCGACUUUAACUCGCUGCUAAGUGUAAGUAAUACAUCAAUAGCAAUUUAUAUAUGGUAA